CAAAAAGGAGCGGGCAGACGAAGGCCGUGACGGUCACGCCAGACAAGCCCGCCAUGGCACCCACAUCCACGAGCACGGACAGCGUGACGAUGGCCACGGCGCGCAGCAGUCUGCCUUGCGGCGGAAACGUCUCGGCACUCGACUCGCGUCUCUUCAGGACGAUGCUCGGCAACGACGAGAUGAGGGCCAUCUUUUCCGACGAGGCCUUUGUCGCCGCUCUCGUCGAGUGGGAGGUCACACUGGCGCGCGUUCAGGGCAAGCUCGACAUCAUCCCCACCUGGGCUGCCCGCGGCAUUGCAGAACAAGCUGACGCCAGCAAGCUCGACAUGAAUGCACUCCGAGAAAAGCACGAUAUCGUCGGCUAUCCCAUUGUGGGUCUCGUCGAGCAGCUCUCGAAACUGUGCGGCGAGUCGGGCAGGUAUCUCCACUGGGGCACUACCACGCAGGAUGUCAUGGAGGGCGCAACGGUGCUCCAGGUGAAACGGGGACUCGAUGUCCUAGAUCGGCAGCUCGACGAGGUCCGACGUCUCCUCGUUGGUCUGGCCACAAAGCACCGCGACACGAUCAUGAUUGGUCGGACGCAUCUGCAGCAGGCGCUGCCCGUCACCUUUGGCUACAAGUGCGCUGUCUACCUCUCGGCCCUCGAUCGGCACAAGGAGCGCCUGGCCCAGCUCCGCCCUCGCGUCCUCAUGGCCCAAUUCGGCGGCGGCUCAGGCUCGGCGGCCUCGCUGGGAGGCAGGUGCGCCGAUGGUGCCCCACCGCUCGGUCUGCAGGUCCUUGCGGGCCUCGCCGACGAUAUGGGCCUCGAGGAGCCGCCCAUCUGCUGGCACGUGGCCCGCGACGGCAUCGCCGAGCUCGUCUCCCUCCUGGCCAACAUUGGCGGUUCCCUGGGCAAGAUGGCCCUCGACUUCAGCAUCAUGUGCAGCGACGAGUUUGCCGAGCUCCGGGAGCCAUUCGUGCCCCACCGCGGCGCCUCGUCGACGAUGCCGCACAAGCGGAACCCCAUUGCCUGCGAAGUCAUUCUGGCCCUCUGCAAGCUUCUGAGGAACCAUGCCUCGCUUGCGACCGACGCGCUCCUCUCUGACUUUGAGCGCGCCACGGGGCCCUGGCACCUCGAGUGGGUCGCCGUGCCGGAGUCGUUUGUCUACCUGUCGCAGUCGCUCGCCCAAGCCGCUUUCCUCCUCAGCGGGCUCGAGGUGGACGAGGAAGCGAUGAAGAGGAACUUGGAUCUGUCCAACGGCCUCAUCACUGCCGAGCAUGUCAUGACGGCCAUUGCGCCGACCACUGGCCGGGUCCCUGCCCACGACAUCAUCUACGAAGCAGCAAAGCGGAGCAGAGAGACGAGGACGUCGCUCUACGACAUUCUCUCGCACGACGCAAAGGUGGCCAAGAUCCUCAACGACGAACAGCUGCGCUACUAUACUGAUCCGAGGAACUACCUGGGAGCGUGUCCCGACAUGGUCGACCGCGUCAUCGGAAGCCGUAGUCGAUAGCCAUGACGUUUUCCAGAUUCACUCUGAGUGUGAGACCAUCCCGACGUAUGCAAUAAUAGUAGUAGCA